AUGGUAGAUUCCAUGAACUUCCUACCAGAUGCUCAGCAUGACCUUCUCAUGGAUUUCACCUCUCACGAAAGGAUCCGGCAUUUCAUCGCCAGCGCACCACUCAGUGACAAUGGUGUCCAGCCAGUCGAAUCAGCCGCUUUUGGAGAGCAGCUGAGUGCAGAAGUCCAGGCGUCUUUGGCGGUUGCCGUCGCUCAAUGCAUGAGGGAGCCACUGACCUAG